UCAUUUAAUAUCUCGUAUUCGUAAAACCCCAAACUGAUCAGAAAACCUUCCUAGGGUUCUAGUAUCGCUGCGAAAGGGAAGAAGAAGAAGAAGGUUGCUUCAAGAUGGCUUUCCUAAGUAAGGUUGGAAAUAUUCUAAGGCAGGGUGCAAACAAGAGGGUUGGAUCGGAUUUUCAGGCUUCUAGUUUGUCUAUCUGCCAAGCCGUACGAUGGAUGUCUUCCAUGCAAAGUUCUAAACUUUUCAUCGGAGGUAUUUCGUAUGGCACUGAUGAUCAAAGUCUGAGGGAAGCCUUUACUAAAUAUGGGGAAGUAAUUGAAGCUAGGGUCAUCGUGGACCGCGAAACUGGAAGAUCCAGAGGAUUUGGAUUUGUGACUUACACCUCUAGUGAGGAGGCCUCUAGUGCCAUUCAGGCGUUGGAUGGACAGGAUCUUCAUGGCCGUCGUGUAAGGGUGAAUUAUGCUAAUGAUAGAAGUCGAGGUAUUGGAGGUGGCGGCUAUGGCGGUGGCGGUUAUGGGGGUGGUUCUGGUGGCUACGGUGGUGGUGGCUAUGGAGGUGGUUCUGGUGGAUAUGGAGGUGGUGGCUAUGGUGGUGGCGGCGGUUCUGGUGGUUAUGGUGUUGGUGGUGCUGGUGGAGGCUACGGUGGGAGUGGAGGAGGCUAUGGCGACGGUAGUGGUGGAUAUGGUUAUAAUGCCACCGGCAAUUUGGCCAGUGACAGCCAGGGAAGUGUUGGCGUAGGGGGUGGCUUUGGUGGGAAUGAUGCUGGCUAUAAUAAUGCCGCUAGCAAUUCUGAUGGGGGAAACACAUACGCAAGUGGGGCUACCGCUGGUUUUGGUACCGGCAGUGGAAAUUACAACGUUGCUGGUGGCGAUGGCGGUGGCAACGACUACUUUGCCAGCAGUGGAUACUCUGGUGGGGAUCAAUUUAGCAGCAACGAAACAAACACCGCAAAUGCUGCAUCAGGAGAUCAAGACCCAGGCGAACAACUUGAUGGAAAUUACAGGGAUGACGAUGACGAUGCAAAUGACUUCGCCAAAAGAGCCUGAUAGAUCAUAUUCAUAGUAGCUUCAUCCUGCAUUUUUGGUUAUUGCCAUGUAGAUUUUCCUUCCAUGCACCUGAACUGAACAUUGUCUACUUUGUUUGUAUGUUGGACUUGCCUCAGUGAUCUGUGAAUUUUCCUAUGCACUUUCAAUUUAGUUUCUCUUACAAAUAAGUUUUGUCGAA